AUGGCCCCGCGGGCGCUGGUGCUGGUGCUGGCGCUGGUGCUGGCACGGGCAGCGGCGGAGCUGGCAGAGGAGCUGAUGCUGGCCCUGGGGGAGGCCGAGGAGGAGGAGGCAGCCGCCCUCGGGGCCGUCCCCUCGGGGCACGCUGCCUUCCAGCGUGCUGCUAAGGCGUCGUGGCGGCUGCCCGGGCACUACGUGGUGGUGCUGCGGGCAGGUCGUGACCAAGCCGAGGUGCGAGGCACGGCGCGGCGGCUGCAGGCCCGGGCUGCUCGGCGGGGAUACCUGACCGAACUGCUGCACGUCUUCCACCUCCUGCCCGCCUUCCUGGUGAAGAUGAGCAGCGACGUCCUGGACACGGCGCUGAAGCUGCCGCACGUGGAGUACGUCGAGGAGGACUCUUAUGUCUUUGCCCAGAGCAUCCCCUGGAACUUGGGCAGGAUUGUGCCGCCACAGCCCAGCUCGGGCGCCUACAGCCCUCCCAAUAAAGGUGACCUGGUGGAGAUUUACCUGCUGGACACCAGCGUGCAGAGCACCCAUCGGGAGAUCGAGGGCAGGGUGCUCGUGACCGACUUCGAGAGCAUCCCCGAGGAGGAUGGCACCCGCUUCCACAGGCAGGCCAGCAAGUGUGACAGCCAUGGGACCCACACGGCCGGGGUGCUGAGCGGACGCGACGCUGGCGUGGCCACGGGCGCCAACAUCCGCAGCCUCCGCGUGCUGAACUGCCAGGGGAAGGGCACCGUCAGCGGGACCCUCAUCGGUCUGGAGUUUAUCAAGGCGACGCUGGAGGCUCAGCCCCGCGCGCCGCCGGUGGUCCUGCUGCCCUUCGCCGGCGCCUACAGCCGUGUGCUCAACGCCGGCUGUCGGCGGAUGGCGCGGAUGGGGGCGGUGAUGGUCGCGGCUGCCGGUAACUACAAGGACGAUGCCUGCCUGUACUCGCCAGCAUCCGAGCCGGAGGUCAUCACGGUCGGCGCCACCAACAGCGAGGACCAGCCCGCCUCCAUCGGCACCCUGGGCACCAACUUUGGCCGCUGCGUGGAUCUGUUCGCCCCGGGGGACGACAUCAUCGGCGCCUCCAGCGACUGCAGCACGUGCUUCACGGCGCAGAGCGGGACGUCGCAGGCGGCCGCCCACGUGGCAGGCAUCGCCGCCAUGCUGCUCAGCGCCGAGCCCCAGCUGAGCCUCGCCGAGCUCCGGCAGCACCUCCUGCGCUUCGCCACCAAGAAUGUCAUGGACAUGGUCUGGUUCCCCGAGGAGCAGCGGCUGCAGACGCCCAACAGCGUGGCCGGGCUGCCCGCCCGGCUGGGCGCAGAUGAGCGGCUGUACUGCCGCUCGGUGUGGUCGGCGCGCUCGGGACUCACCCGGCACGCCACGGCCGUGGCUCGCUGCGCCGGUGCCGAGGAGAUGCUCAGCUGCUCCAGCUUCUCCCGCAGCGGCAGGCGGCUGGGGGAGCACAUGGAGGACAAGGACGGGCAGAAGCAGUGCGUUGCCCACAACGCUUUCCGCGGCCGGGGCGUCUACGCCAUCGCCAGGUGCUGCACGUGGCCCAGGGCCGAGUGCCGGAUCAACGCCAGCUCCCCGACGGCCGAGGGGGCCGGCUGCUCCCCGCAGGACCACGUGCUGACCGGCUGCAGUUUCCACUCCCCCGCUGCGGCGCUGGGGGACGGCGGCAGACCCGUGGCGGGGCCGGGGAGCUGGCCCGGCCGCUGCGCCGGCGGGACGGAGGUGAUGGCGCACGCCUCGUGCUGCCCCGCCGCCGGCCUCGAGUGCCGGGUGAAGGAGCACGCGUCCCCGGGCUCUGCGGAGAAGGUGACGGUGUCCUGCGACGACGGCUGGACGCUGACGGGCUGUAACGCCCGUUCCCAGGGCCCCGGCACCAUGGGAGCCUACGCCGUGGACGAUACCUGCGUGGCGGCCGGCGUCCCGGGCAGCGGCGUGGCCGCGGCCAUCGCCAUUUGCUGCCGGAGCCAGCAGUAG